AUGAAGUUCUCAACAAUCUUCACUGCUGCUCUCCUCACCCUCUCCUUCGGAGCCAUCGCUGCCCCAGUCGAAGUCAUCGACCUCGAAGCUCGAGGUGGAUCUAGCUCCAAGCCUCCUACCGUUCCCCCUGGAUACAAAUUGGUCACUGUCGGCAACAUCUACAUAUUGACCGACAACAACGGUAACUUCGCUGGUGCAUUCUCCAAAGGUAACUACAACGGUGCUCAGGCAGGCUCCCAAAACACCGGUGCUGGUUCUACCAACAAGGGUAACACUAACUCUCAAAACAUCGGUGACACCGUCAUUCCUAGUUGGUAA